AUGUAAGAUAAUUAUGAAAAAUUCAGAAAUAAAUUCACAUAAAUUCAAUCCUUUGAUAUAUAUCCUAGAUUAUGUCAAAUUUCCAUGAAUUUUGAUUGUUCUACAAUACUUGUCUUAUAAAUUAAUAAUAUACUUAAACAUUAUUAGAGAAAUGGAAAUAUAUGGGAUUUAAUUAUAUCUCAAAAAUUAAGUGAUAAAUUGUUAUCAUUAUAAAUUAACUUUAAAGGAACAAUUUUAGCUAUGAUUACAAGAAGUUAUGGAUAUUUUUGGAUUGAGUAUAUGAUUUUUAAUAAAAGAAGAUGGAUUUAUAAAAAUAGGUAUAAGUUAAAAUAAGAUCCUGAUCCAUAUAUAUCUAUCCAGGAUUACAAAAUAUCAGAUAAUCUAUAAUUAUGUUCUUAUAAAUUUUAAUGGAAUGGAAACUAUCAACGUAUCAAUUCAUUCUCACUAACAAGUUUAUUUAAAAGAAUUACUAGAUCAAAAAUAAAAGGAUUAGAAGUAAUAUUUCCAUAUCAUUCUAAUUUCUUUGUUGUGUUAAACUUAGACAAAAUGGGAUUAAAAGUAUUUCGUUCUUUUUAAUAUCAGUAUAUCUUAUAUUAAACCUAAUUUUAAAUUAAUAGUUAUAUGAUUGAAUCAAAUUCCACAAUAUUAAUCCAUACAGUAGAAUUAAUUUUGUGGAAUUUUAAAACAGAUAAAAAAACUAAAAUAAAGACUCCAUAUGAUAUGUUUUAGGAAAGUAAAUCUAAUAAAAUGAAUUAAAUUGGAAAUUUAUUAUUGGUUUAAUUUUAGAAUGAAAUUGCUUUGUUUGAAGAGUAAUAAUAGAAAUUGAAAUAUAUUACAACCUAUUAAUGUAGAAAAUCUGAAACUUAAUUUUCUUCAGAACGGUAAUUAAUGAUUGAAAUAUAUAAUAAUAAUAAGAUUGUAAUUUAUCAGAUUAUUUAUUGA